CGUUGAAACAACCUUGGUCGGCGGUCAGCGCGUCUCGGGCCACGGUGGAUCCCCGAUAUAUAAGCGCCUAGCCACCGGACCCGGCGACACUACACGCAUCGCCAGUUUUGGGGACCGUGGUACUGCCUCACUAUGAAGACGUUCGUGGUAAUACUUGCUGUGGUAGGACUCGCAACGGCCGAUAUUGGACUCGGCUACCAUUAUAGUCCGCCCAAAAUACAGACAUCGUAUGGCACACCAUCGUACAGCAUUUCAAGCGGCAACGGUGGCUAUAAUACUGGCUACAAAGGACAGGCUUUAAGUUCCGCCUCGAACGUGUACCAAACCACUGCAGGUUUCCAGAAUGGAUACCCGAGUCAAGUCCACACCGCCGGUGUAGGAUAUCAAGGAAACGUUUUCCAGUCCGGCACGGGCUACCAAUCGGGCAGUGGUUACCAAACCGGUACCGGAUAUAAUUCUGGAGCUGGUCACCAAACCGCUGGUUACCAGACCGAUAAUACUAGAUACCAAACUACCGGAUACUACUCUGGGGCAGAUUCUAUUGGAAAUCAAUAUCAAACUGGUGGAUCAUUCGGCGUUUCCGAUGGGUCACUCCAAGGGGUUCAGGGCCUUAACCAGUACCAGUCAGCCAACCAAUACCAACAAUAUUACAAUCAAGUGCAACAGCAACCGGCUCAGAUCUUCAAACAUUUCUAUGUUCAUGCCGCCCCUGAAGAACCCGAGUUACCGAGACCCCGUCAGCCAGUGGUCCUGCCUGCACCUCAAAAACAUUACAAAAUCAUCUUCAUCAAGACCCCAGCCCCUGUUGUCGGUUCUACACAAUUUGUACCCGUGCAGCAACAAAACGAAGAAAAAACUAUUGUAUAUGUUCUAGUGAAAAAACCGGAAGCUACUGAAGACAUUGUCGUUCCAAAAAUUGAGCAGAAGCCGCCCUCUAAACCAGAGGUAUUCUUCAUCAAAUAUAAGGGCAAAGAAGACAGUCAAGCUGUAAUCAAUAACAUCGUUAAUGAAUACAACAGUGGAAAAGAGUCUGUCAAUGUCGCGGGUGCGUUCCAUUCUAGUGGUACACUAGAUUCGAUCGCUGAUGUCAAAUACGUGCCACAGUCCGUGGUAACUUCUCAAUCGACAGGCAGCGGCUUUGGAGUUCAAGCCUUAAGCGGAUCAUCGGGAUCUCAGUAUGAGGCCAGCAGUGGUUCUGUGGAUCAAUCAUUAAGCUCAGGAUCCUUUGAGAGUGGCUCAUCAGGUUCCAGUUUCCAAUCACAAUCCUUUGGAUCUAGCUCCGCGGGUUACCCGUCGUCAACUGCGGGCUAUCAUGUAUCGACUGCAGCCCCGAUCCAGAUCGAUGCUAGAGGGUCCGACAGCACCGGAGCGUUCUCGUCCACGGUAACCUCUACUGGCGGCCAGAGCGCGUUCUCUUCCCAACAGGGUAUUCCUCACGAAACUUAUGGAACUCCCAAAUUUAGCAACAAUUAACAAACUAAAGAAACCAUUAAAAUUUUACUAAACUGUU